UACUACAAAUAUUUAAAUUUAAUAUUUCUUCAUUAAAGUUAAGUUAAUGCAAUUGAUAUUUUAUUGUUAUAACAAAAUCACGUUUCGAGCAAUGGCUUCAGCUGCAAAGAAAAUCAAGCUUUCAAAGCCCUCCACAAGUGCCGAGAAAAUUACUUUACAAGAGUUUAUGGAUAGUAUUCACAAAAAGCGGGAAAAUACGGCGAAGUCUAUUUUAGAGUAUAAAUUUAACAAAAAACGAGUUAGAAUUAUUUCUCAGGAGCAAAUGGUAUCUGAUAAAUGUAAAGGUAUCAUUUAUUGGAUGUCUAGAGAUAGUAGGGUCCAAGAUAAUUGGGCAUUUUUAUUUGCACAAAAAUUGGCUCUCAAGAACGAAGUACCGCUUCACGUUUGUUUCUGUCUUAUUGCUAAAUAUUUAGAUGCAUCUGUCCGACAAUUUCACUUUUUAAUUAAAGGCUUGGAAAAAGUUGCAGCUGACUGCAAAAAGUUAAAUAUACAGUUCCACUUGUUGGAAGGUAGUGGAGCUGAUGCACUACCAGAAUGGGUUGUAAAACAUAAUAUUGGUGCUGUGGUUUGUGAUUUCAAUCCAUUGAGAGUGCCAAUGGGCUGGUUGGAUGGUGUUAAAAAGAAACUAAAGAAAGAUGUUCCUCUUAUACAGGUAGACACACAUAAUAUAGUGCCAUGCUGGGUUGCAUCCGAUAAGCAAGAGUAUUCUGCUAGAACUAUAAGGAAUAAAAUCAACUCUAAGCUUGAUGAAUAUCUCACUGAGUUUCCACCAGUUAUAAAGCAUCCUUACACAAGUGAAUUUAAAGCAGAGCCAAUAGACUGGGAUGAUGCAAUAGAAUCUCGGGAAGCAGACAAAUCAGUUGGACCAAUAGAAUGGGCUGGUCCCGGUUAUGAUGAGGCUGUCAAAACAUUGAAAAGCUUCCUAGAUACACGGCUUAAAAUUUUUGCCAGCAAACGCAAUGACCCCACACAAGAUGCUUUGAGCAAUUUAUCCCCAUGGUUUCACUUUGGUCAAAUAUCAGUUCAGAGAGUAGCAUUAUGUGUACAAGAAUACAAAUCUAAAUACACAGAGAGUGUGAACGCUUUUCUAGAAGAGGCAAUUGUUAGACGAGAGUUGGCGGAUAAUUUCUGUUUUUAUUGUGAACACUAUGACAGUAUAAAGGGUGCUAGCAAUUGGGCUCAAAAGACAUUAGAUGAUCACAGGAAAGACAAAAGGUCACAUAUUUAUACUUUAGAAAAGUUAUGUAAAGGUGAAACGCAUGACGAUUUAUGGAAUUCGUCUCAAAUACAAUUAGUUAGAGAAGGAAAGUUGCACGGCUUUCUUCGAAUGUACUGGGCUAAGAAGAUUCUAGAGUGGACUUCAAGCCCCGAAGAAGCCCUGAAGUACGCCAUAUAUAUGAAUGAUCAUUUUAGUGUCGACGGAAGAGAUUCCAGUGGAUAUGUUGGUUGUAUGUGGUCUAUUUGCGGUAUUCACGACCAAGGCUGGGCGGAAAGAGCUGUGUUCGGCAAAAUAAGAUAUAUGACCUACGAUGGCUGCAAACGGAAAUUUGAUAUACGAGCGUUUAUAGCGCGCUACGGUGGGAAGGUACACAAGUAUGUACCCUCCAAAUAAAAUUAUUUAUUUUGUUUGCUCUUAGCUAAGACUUUCCUAUUGAAGGUUUAUAUGAGAUUCAAAUGUAUAUAAUUUUUUUGUCUAUGUUGGUUUUGGAACUUAAAAUUUACAUUUUUUUUAUGUUGAUAAAAAUGCUGGAGUUUUACUUAGUAUAAAUGUAAUAAAAUUACUUAUACUAGCGGACCCGACAAAUUGUACACAGCAUUGAAAAUAAAUUUUAUAUAUUAAACAAUCGGACUGUUUUAAAAUUAACUGUAAAUCUAAAUCGAAACAUACAUACAAAAAAUCCUCGAAAUCGGUUCAGCAUAUUAAGAGUUUAAUCACAAAUACCCGCACAGAAUAAUUUUUUUUUCAUCAUGAGAUUCUGACACUAGAUUAAAAUGCAUUUAUGAAUUUUAAAUUUAGAACUGAAACAGUAACGUAACGCGUUAUUCCAGUAUUUUUAUAUAAUAAGGAUAUACAUGGUAUAUAUUAUAUGUUUGGUUAUUGCUAGCUUUUUCCUGUUGACCUAUACAAGUUUAAACUAAAUGUGUAUAACAUUACAAAGUUAUCUCAAGCCAACAUUUUUAUUGAAUAGACUCGAAUAAUAUAUGUAGUUUUUUAAUUAGUUAUGUUCAAA